UUUCUGGGACGUUUCCUCAACGAACUGGAGAGCCUUUCUCCAUAUUUGUUUCUCCAGUGUAAAAAAUAAUUAAAAUACAGAUUUCUUAGGUCAACAGAUAUUUGUUUGUUAAGCAAACCCUUCUCAGUGUUCUCUCCCAUUUUCCUAUAAACCCCAUCAAUUUAUGAAAUACCUAAAACCUUCCACACUUCCAGUUGUAUAUUUCUGUAUGCAUAUCUUCACGACUUCCUUUUCAAUUGCUUGAACCAAGUUCUUGGGCAUUUUAUACCUAUCCCACCCCCAGAGUCUUGGAUUUUCUGAAGAGAAUGUCGACGUUCUUGUAUUCAAUUGGACCAAAUUUAGUGUUAUCUCCGUUUCCGGGGAGGAGAAGAACGCUGAGCCCAGUUUCAGAUAGAACCCAUUUCAGCAAUUUCACAAUUCAGAGACCCUUUUUGAGGGGCAGUCUUGGGGUGGCUAGGUUUGGGUUGGGGCAGGUUCCGUUUCCUGAACCGGAAGAUGCGGAGCUGAUGAUGAAGGGCUUGUUUGGGAGAGUUGAAGGGUUUCUGUACACUGUUGCUGAUGCUGCAGUUGCUUCUUCAGAUAAGGUUGAUGCAGUUGCUACGACGAAACAGAAUAGUGAUUGGCUUUCUGGGAUUACUAAUGCCAUGGAGGUUGUUUUGAAGGUUCUGAAAAAUGGACUUUCCACUCUGCACGUUCCCUAUGCUUAUGGCUUUGCAAUCAUUUUACUGACAGUACUUGUUAAGGCUGCCACUUUUCCUUUAACAAAGAAACAGGUUGAAUCAGCAAUGGCCAUGCAAUCUUUGGCGCCUCAAAUAAAGGCUAUUCAGGAACGGUAUGCUGGAGAUCAGGAGAGAAUUCAACUUGAAACAGCUCGGUUGUAUAAAUUGGCUGGUAUAAAUCCACUAGCAGGAUGCCUCCCAACACUUGCCACUAUUCCAAUAUGGAUUGGGCUCUACAGAGCUCUUUCUAAUGUGGCCGAUGAGGGACUUCUUACGGAAGGCUUCUUCUGGAUACCCUCACUAUCUGGUCCAACGACUAUUGCUGCUCGACAAACUGGUAGUGGUACCUCUUGGCUUUUCCCAUUCAUUGAUGGUCAUCCUCCCCUUGGAUGGUCGGAUACUUUGGCAUAUCUUGUCUUGCCUGUGCUUCUGGUUAUCACUCAGUAUAUUUCUGUUCAGAUCAUGCAACCACCACAGAGUAAUGAUCCAAACGUCAAGAGAAGAGUUGCCAUAACCAAAGUGCUGCCAUUGAUGAUUGGCUAUUUUGCUUUAUCAGUUCCUUCUGGUUUGAGCCUUUACUGGUUUACAAACAACAUACUAAGUACAGUUCAACAGGUUUGGCUGCGGAAGUUAGGUGGUGCAAAAAAUCCUAUUCAGCAAUUUAGUGACGACAUUAUAAAGAAAGAGCAGUCCCAAGUUCUGAAGUCCAUCUCCGAAGAGCAAUCCCAAGUUCUGAAGUCCAUCUCUGAAGCACCAGCAGCCAAGGUGGUUAAAAAGGAAGAGAAACUGGCUUCAGAAGGGCCUCGACCUGGUGAAAGGUUUAAACAACUUAAGGAGCAAGAAACUCGUAGAAAAAAGCAAAGAGAGGAAGAGAGAAGGAAAGCUGAGGAGGCAGCAACAAAGGGAAUACAAAUAACGAAUGGUGAAGUAAAGAAAGACAUCAGUUCACUUGAGACGGAAGAUACCCAGCAAGUUACAUCCGGCAGUUCAUCUAUUAUUGAUGGCUUGCCUGUGAAUGGUAAUAGUGUCAGUUCAGAAGGGAAGGAUGAUAACAGGGCAUCUAUUGAUAAUGAAGAAAAUUCUGAAACUCCGGACGACUACAAGAAUAGAAGAGAUAAUCUACAUCUCGAGAAAAAUAUUGAGAAGGAUUGAGUUUCUUGCUGCCGUUAGAACCAAAGAUAACUUACGAAAAAGAGGCAUAGGAAGAUACGAGGAGCGAGCUUUUUCUGAAAAGAUUGGCAACUGCUACUAUAGUCGUCAAAGAGCAUACGUUUCACAUCAGUUCCUGAGGAUGGUGCUCGUCGCAUGAUCUUGGUUGACACGUUGCCGCUGAAGUAUGCACUGUUCAUGCAAGAUGGCAGAUGGAGCAAUUUCCCAUGCAUGACUAGAUUUAAAUACAAAAACUAGCGUAGAUUGUAAUUGUGAGAAACAAAUACAGAGUGUGGUAAAGUUUGUAGCAUCCACUACAAGUCUGUAACAGUAGUUGAAGGAUAAAGCAGCACAGCCCACAUUGAUUGGCUGGAGAAAUUUUUGUGGUAGUUUGAUUUAUUCUCUUCCGUCUGCUGAUUGAAGAAGAGAUCAUUUCUGUGAA